AUGGUUGUAUCAGAUAGAACAACAGAUCUUCCUUUGAAGAUACUUAUUCUUCCAGACUUCCAUCAAAACUUUAAGCUUUUCAAACGUAAUACAAAAGCGUUAUUUAAAGCCUUGACAGAUAUAGCGACCUUUCAUAUCGCUAAUAGGAAACAACUUUAUCAUAGCACAAUUGAUGGAGAAGUUCAACCUUUAUCAACUUUGAGUGACAAAACUCAGCAGCAGCAUCUAUACACUUCAGUGUACUAUCUCGAUCGAUUAUUCAAAUCAGAAGGGCCUUUCGAUGGCAUACUUGGUCUGGGGGAAGGCGCAUCAUUAGCUGGCAUUCUAUGCGGACUAAAACCAUUAGGAAAUAUUUCGUUUUAUUUUGCUAUUCUUGUCUCUGGAUUGGAGUCACAAAUGCAACACUACCAAGAUUUAAUGAAAUCAAAGUCUAUACAAAAUGUUUGUUCUUUGCACAUCUAUGGAACUAAAGAUGGUUCGAUUAAUAAUGAUCGAACUUUGCGACUGGCAGCAGCUUUUGUAGAUGCAAAGGUGAUCACGCAUCAAGGGAGUCGCUUCACACCAAAAACUUGGCCGUACGCAAUGAUUCGAGAAUUUUUACUAGAGCAACAAGAAAAUCUUUCAGAAAGAGACAAUACCUAUCAAAGCCACACGUCAAAAUCCUUUGAUGGGAAAAUCGAAGCCACUAUCUUAUAUCAUCAGAGACGAACUUGUACACUGUCGUCUCGAAGAAAAGAAGAACAAGCGUUUGCCACUCCGAUUGGUCUCUUACAUCCAGUGUCGAAAGAAAGUAUUCAGCAUUUAAUUGAAGAUAUCGAGAGUAAUCACUUUGAUGAUGGAAUGUUACUUGUUUGGUGUGAACGAAUGAAAUUUCAUCAGAGUGAAUCGGUUGACAAUACUAAUAUGAUGACACCUUUCUUUCAUCAUUGGAUACAAUUGUAUUUGAAAAAACCAGAUGAAGUUCUCUCCAAGCAUCUUAGUACAAUUCCAAGAUACGGUGAUUGGGGUGAUAUGAAAACACUUUAUGCAUACGCUGAACGGCUGAAAGAUACACAUCCAACGGGAACAACAUUACUAGAAAAUCUAAAACAAGCAUGUGUUCAAAUGAUUGGAAAUCAGCUGUAUCAUGAUUAUGAAAUUGCAUUAAAACAAACGAAUGACAACAUUAAAAAUGAGAUUUUGAUCAGUCAGUGUAUUUAUGAAGCACCAUUCAUUUCAAAUAAUCCAAACGAACUCACAACAAUUAUGGCAAAAGAAGUUGCGAAGUAUAUACAAAUCUUAUCUAAUGAAAACCGUCAAGCAGAUCAAAUGUAUCGGAACCUUAUUGAAACCAUUCGUCGGCAAUUGAAGAGAAGAUCGUUGAUUUUUAUCGAAGAGCAAGUUGCAUGGAAAGAUCGACCAUUGUUCUGUACUCGACAACAACGAGAAGAAGUGUUAUCUGCUUCUCCCGCCUCCAAUGUUAUACAUCCUCAGCCACAACCAAUUGUUCCGUGUCCUUUGGAAGAACUUCAACCACUUAUAGAAUAUUUAAGAGCAAAUAAACCUGGCCCAUCGGAUGAUAAAAAUCCGAUUGUUUUUCCACGUGGAACGAUGAUGACAGGCGGACGAUUGGAUUUAUGUAAACAAGCCGUAGGUCCUCAGGGAGUUCAACCAGUACUCGACGCUAUGAAACACAGCUCGACAGUUAACCGUCUGCUACUCGGGAACAAUAUCGUAGGACGACCUGGAGCAGAAGCAAUUUCUGAUUACAUUCGUUUCAAUCCUGAUUCGACCAUUGACACGUGGUAUAUUGCUUGUAACAGAUUUGACAGUGACAGCAUUGGAUUGCUAUGCGAUGCCUUAGCCACGGAUACCAAAGUCAAAGCACUUUGGCUCAAGCGUAACCCAAUCUUAGCUUCUGGUGCAGUUCAUAUCGCUCGAAUGCUAUCCAGCAAUACUUGCAUUCAAACAUUAGAUCUACUGAACACUGGUUUAUUGGAUAAAGGAUGUGAAAUUCUAUUCGGUGGUCUUAAAAUGAACCGUACGUUAAAGCAUUUAUACAUCGAUUCGAACGGUCUCACUGUGAAGUGUGCAGAAGUGAUUCGUCGUCAUUUCGAAGAAAACGAUAGUUGUCUAGAAACAUUGUACCUGUCGUGCAAUGCGUUGACUGAUGCAGGCACGUGUCAAAUAGCAGCAGGACUCAAACAUGAUAAAUGUCUACAACGAUUGAGUCUAGCAUCAAAUUCCGUUGGUCCUGAUGGUGCCCGAUCUUUGACUGACGCACUGAUACAUCAUCCAAGCUUGCAACAAUUGGGCCUAGGUUUUUUAAAGUCUACAACUAUCUUCGGUGGCUUAGAUAACAUUCUGGGAAAUGAAGGAGCAGCGGAAAUCAGUCGAUUGAUACAAUUCAAUCAGCAUAUACGUUCUAUCGAUUUGGCUCGUAAUGCAAUUUCAGAACAAGGAUUAAUACAACUAAGAGACGCCCUGAAAAUUAAUCACACUUUAACAUCGUUGGAGGGCUUACCAUCGAAGCGUAUACGUAACAAAGCUAUAAAAAAAGAGAUUAAGUCAUUGUUGACAGCAAACAUGAUCGCAUGGGGUAAACAGGUGCUAAAUACUAUAACUGGAAGUAUUUCGCCGCCAACGAUUGAUGAUUGUUUGAAGAAAGGCCUAGAACUUCAAAAUGCGAUUCAUUAUCCUGAACAUAUCAGGGAAAUCAACAGUUACUAUAGAAUACAUUGA